UUAAUCGUCGAGGUAUCCCAUUCUUUAGAUCGUUUUGUCUGGAAAUGAUAAGCACAUAUUGUUUUUUUCGUUAAAUCAAAUUGACUUUCUUUCGUGCACGUGUAAGUUUGUGUAAAAAAAGAAAAAAAAAAAAAAAAAACGGAAAAGGAGAUCGUAAACGAGUUAAUAUUUAUCACUUUCCAACUACCACAUGAUCUUGCAAGUCUUACACAAUUUAUUUUCAUCUUCUUUGCUUCGUAAGAUCAAUUCGUAAUUGUUCUAUAGAUUGACUUAAGAGAUUCGUAAAUUAAAGAAAUAGAUGUUUUGUAAAUAAUGACUCACAAACUUUUCGUCGCAUGAUAAAAGUGGUUUUCGUUAAUAGGGAGAACGUUGAGAACGAUCGUACAUUGCAAUUAUGCAAGGAAUGCGGUCGUCACGGCAUACGAGCAAACAUUUUUGGAGUUGGGCUUUUCUUCCUCAUGGGGUGGAAGAACUUGAGCUCUAUUUCAUUUUUUUUUUUUUCAUUUCUCCCACGAGUAUGCUCGUAGGGAUACUCACAAAAUUAUACCUCGAAUUAUAUUAAAAAUCUCACCAUUUUCUCCUGAACUUAUAUUUUCGAUGGAUUGCAACAUGUAAAUUCGUUUACCGAUCUAUGGUGUGGUUUUAACCGGUUCGUACUAGUUUUUCCCUGGAUAUAUAUAUAUAUAUAUAUAUAUAUAUAUACGUAUACAUAUAUAUAUAUAUACGUGUAGGUACAUUGGAAAACUGAUAAAUACAUUUUGUAUACACGCCUGCUAUUAUAUUGGUGAAUUAAAUGAGGGGGGAGGGGGAAAGAUGCCAUUAUCCGACACUACUUCAUCGAGAGUAACAGCUUUCAUGGUGUUCCUUCGAGUCAAAGUUAAUUAAAAUUUACAUUGGAGAAAAAGAAGAAGAAGAAGAAGAAGAAGAAGAAAAAAAGUAGAAGACUCUUCUCGCGAAUAUUCUUCUUUCAUAAGAGAUGUUCGACAGGCGAAGACUAUUGUCUUAAAAUUUCAGCGAUUUCGCUUUUAAAGAUAAUAAGACGAUAUGGCGCGUCCAAAAAGAUGGAAGAAGUGCAUGUCGGAAAAUUUAUUGACUUUGCUGACGAUAAUCGGCGUGUGUGCCGGCACUCUAGUUGGCUUCAUCUUAAGGAAUAUCGACAAACCGGAGGGAUGGACAUCUCGAGAAAUAAUGUAUAUUCAAUUUCCUGGUGAUCUUUUUCUUAGGAUGCUUAAAGGACUAAUUUUACCUUUGAUAGUGGCUAGCAUUGUCAGUUCAAUCGGUAGUUUGGAUCUUUCUCUUUCAGGGAAAAUCGGUAUGAGAUCGAUUUAUUAUUAUGGAACUACAACGAUUAGUGCUGUAAUUCUUGGCAUAAUUCUUGUCUCCGUGAUAAGGCCCGGAGAAAUCAGUGGACAUUCUUUCGACGAUCAAAAUGAUUUAACGCCUAUCAGAAAUGUUACUACCACUGAUACGCUAUUAGAUUUAGUCAGGAAUGUAUUUCCGCCGAAUCUUGUUCAAGCUUGUAUUAUGCAAUAUCGUACGAUAUUAACGAAGCCUAAAAAUGCGACGGAUGAUAUUGCUAUAGAAAAUUGGGAUAUUUCACACGUAUAUACCGAUGGAACCAAUACUCUUGGAUUAGUAGUUUUUGGUAUUGUUUUCGGGAUUACACUCGGUAAAAUGAGAGAAUCUGGAAAAGCUUUGUUGGAUUUCUUUACAGCAUUGUCAGAAGCAACAAUGAUUAUUACCAACUGGGUCAUUUGGAUUUCACCGAUUGGUGUUUUCUUUUUGGUUACUUCAAAGCUUUUAGAAAUUAAGGAUAUAAGUGCCGUCAUUGGUCAAUUAGGAUUAUAUUUUAUGACAGUUUUAUUGGGACUAUUUCUCCAUGGUUUUGGGACUCUAUCUGUUAUAUACUUUAUCUGUACCAAAGAAUUACCUUUCAGAGUUAUUGGAAAAAUGGGACAAGUAUUAGUAACAGCAUUUGGAACAGCUUCAAGUACUGCCACACUGCCAGUUACUCUACAGUGCUUGGAUAAUAUGGGAGCAGAUCCUAGGAUAACAAGGUUUGUUGUACCAAUUGGUGCAACUAUCAAUAUGGAUGGAACUGCAUUGUAUGAAGCAGUUGCAGCUAUAUUUAUUGCUCAAGUUAGAGGCGUAUCAUUGACUCUUAGCAAUAUCAUUGGUGUUAGUGUGACUGCAACGGCUGCAAGUAUAGGUGCAGCUGGUAUACCACAAGCUGGUCUUGUUACAAUGGUUAUGGUAUUAGACACCAUAGGUUUACCAGCAAAGGAUGUCACCCUUAUUAUUGCCGUAGAUUGGCUGUUAGAUCGAUUCCGAACUACGAUUAACGUAAUGUGUGAUGCACUCGGAGCUUGUAUAAUCGAACAUAUGAGCAAAGGAGAACUUGAUGUACCUGCAUUGAAUCAAACAGAAGAUUCUAUUGAACUUGCUCAAUUGCGAAAAGCAGAAGCAUAAUCUUUUCUUUUUUUUAUUUCUUUUUUUUUUUUUUGUUUCCUGCAUGCUAUUUAAAAUAGCAUUUAUAUGAUAUUAUAUUAUAUUGCACAGUUCAACUGUGUCUCUUUAGAGAUUUAUACAUUUUUAUCUUAUUUAAUAUAAUGCGCUUACAAACUAAGAUGUUUGUAUAGCAGAAUUUUGUGAAUAUCACUUUUAAUAUAUGUACAUACAAAUGCAAAUACAAAUUUACAACACGGCCAA